AUGGCAAAAUGUGAAAAGGGCUAUGCUAGUGGCGUUCGAUGCUGCUUAUCUGACUUCUGCGAUUCGACCACAAGGUCAAUGGAUAUCAUUGAGAUUGCUAGACCUGAUUGGUGCCAGAAGAUCUGUAACAGAAGGCGACGAAUACCACGGCGCACACAAAUCCCUCAAACGCCAAAUGGUAUAGAGCCGAAGGAAAGUCCGAGAACGUUGGUGGACACUGAAAGCUCGGGAGGUGGAGAAAGCUUUUGCUACCGGAAACAUCCGUGCCUUAUAUCAACCGAUACGAUCGACUGGCCCUAUGACAACAACGGGUCGAGUUUACAAUACUGCGGUGCACUCCGUGUUAUUAUACUGACCAAACUUGGCCGCUGCGCAGUAAGGACGUCAAAAGACUUCCAGUGUUUGGCCGUCGAUGUCUUCGGAGCAUUGCCCGAAUCUGAUGGGAACACCGGAUCAGUAAUGCUGGAGUACAUACUCAAAGCACUCUAUAAUCGUAUCCUUAAGGUCGUGGCUCUGAUGCCCGAAGAAGCCGCCUAUCGGAAACACACAACCGCUGUUGUCCAGUCUCGACUUCAGGCAGUCUCGACGAUUCAAGAUAUUAACAAGCUCGAAGAGGCCAUAGAUUGUGGUCAAAUCGAAGAGGUGAUCGUACAGCCAUUGAUGUGGCCCGUCUCGGGGUCCCCAUCCAGGAAGACGGCAGUGACCAGCGCAGCUGAGUUUGCUGGUAAUGGCCUUCAUACUUCGCUGCCAAGUCAUUGUUUGACCGCCUCUGGCUCUCUUCCACCCUUCACAUGGUUGGGCGAAAAGAGCCCUUCGAGGAAGUCGGUCGACUGGCAUACGCAGCACGUGGCCAAGCCAACGCAACCUGUGCAGUGUGAUCAAUUCAUCUAUCGAGGUAGCACUUUACACUUUGCUGGUGUGAAGCGCAUACCAAACCGCGAGGCAGAAUUACUUAGAUUAUUUAGUAUUGUUUGCAAAGCCACUGGGUCAGAUCCUAGAAGAGCUAUGUCGUCUGCGUACUCGAUGUCUGUGAGCGGAGGCCCAGGGAGCACCUCGACCCCACAGGCAUUAGAGGCUGGUAGUGAGUCUUCCAUGAUCGUAUCAAUGACGAAGUUAAAGAGGAAAGGUGAAAGAGGACAACCCUGUCGGACGCCAUUUGAUGUGGUAGCUCAGUGGUUAGGGUGGGAACCUAAGGACCGUAAGGUCCGUGGUUUUGAUCCAAUCUCGGAAUUCCGGCCGCUCCUGUCUAGGCUUGGACAACUUCAGAGUACCUCGGUUCUCGAGAUUUCUUUGGAUGGCGUGGCAGCUAGGCACCGAAAGAGUGCUUCCGCCACGCCCCUUACAAUCCAGGGAGAGGUACUGGAAGUUGUGGAGCGUUUUACGUACCUUGGAAGUUGUAUUAGUUCUGAUUGCAGUGUGACAGAUGAGGUGAAUGCACGAAUCUGCGAGGCUCGGGCCGCGUUUGCUAACUUGCGACACCUAUGGCGUCAGAAUGGUUUAUCUCUGAAUCUGAAGGGACGUGUGUAUCAAGCUACAGUACGGGCUGUUUUGUUGUAUGGCUGUGAGACUUGGCCUAUUCGAGCAGCGGACCUGAGACGUCUUCAGGUUUUCGACAAUCGUUGUCUCAGAACCAUAACUCGUUUGGGUUGGUGUCAGCGAAUCCGUAACGAGGUAGUUAGAAAGCGUGUUUUCGGUUGUGUAACGGGUACUUCCAUUGAAGAAUGUGUCCAGCACCAGAAGCUGCGUUGGUUGGGACAUGUUUUACGCAUGCCGAACCAUCGUUUGCCGAAGAGAGUACUGUUUUCCAUGCCCAAUUCGGAGUGGCGUAAACAGAGAGGUGGCCAACCCAUGACCUGGCAGAGGAGUAUGAAGGAGAUCACGAAACGCUUGGGUGCUGUCGGUGCUACUCGCCUUCCAGGAUGGGGACCGCGUGAUCCUCGCUGUGCCUGGUUAGAGACACUACAAGAUAUGGCUGCCAACCGAUGUCAGUGGCGUUCUUGUUGUCAGUUUCUGUCCAGAUUGCCUGAGCUUUUAAAUAAGUCAUGGCUGUACGGCAGUGAAGCAUUGGUGUUGAGCACUGAUGUCAUGCUGUCGUUGAUGAUGAUGAUGAUAUGGGAGAUUCAACUGAAUCCCCUCCAGAGGCGCGAGCUUACUAACCGGAAGUUAGUUGCUUGUAAACCAACCUCUGCAUUUCGACUGCUUCUGUCUAAAAUUUGGCAGCCUAGCAAUAUCUCAGCCCGCAUGCUUCUUGUGGGUGGUAUGGCGUUUAUGCACCGAAAUGGUGUUACAGCUGAACGAUAA